UACAAUUAUUGCGAGGCCUUCUAUAUCCCACUAACCUCACAUUUCCACUGCUGGCAACGAUCAUCUCCCGAGCCGUCCAAUUCAAGCCGGAGCAAUUGGAUAGUACGGUCGAAUAUUACUCGCCACGCACUAGACUCCGCAUUCGCAUUAUUCAAAACUAUAGUCCCAAGGAUUGAGAUGCCCUGGUGGAUCCAUCUGGCUUGCCUUCUGCUCCUGCUCGGUGGCUGCGGCUGCAUUUCAUGCCUCACCUACGAAACAGGAGGAUUAUACUUGUAUGGGUUUCUUGACGGGACCAAAUUCAGCCCUAGCGCACUCGCUAUUCACCUUUCGGCAUUGUGGCUGACUGUUAAGGGAAAUUUAUCUUAGUCUGUGUCUUGUAUGUGGAAGAACAUGGGCCAUGUAUGAGGGACUCAGAAAGAAAGGCAAGCUUUUGGAAAGAGAACCGACCGAGCCCACAUGCGCUUGGAUCGAGAUGG